AUUCCAUUUCCUCAUCUGGAGCCUUCUGCCUCAACCCUCCUGUAUGGUGGAUAUUCUACCCCAUCCUUCUUUCUUGGGUGAUAUGGGGGAUCAUUCAAAAAAGAAGUCUGGGAUCGCCAUGUGUGUAGGCUGUGGAAGUCAGAUCCAUGAUCAGUACAUCCUGCGAGUGUCCCCGGACCUGGAGUGGCACGCAGCCUGUCUGAAGUGCGCAGAAUGCAGUCAGUACCUGGACGAGACGUGCACUUGCUUCGUCCGAGACGGCAAGACUUAUUGCAGGAGAGAUUACGUACGGUUAUUCGGGAUCAAAUGCGCCAAAUGUAACACCGGUUUCUGCAGCAGUGACCUGGUGAUGAGGGCCCGGGAUAACGUCUAUCACAUGGAGUGUUUCAGAUGCUCGGUGUGCAGCAGGCAUUUGCUCCCGGGAGAUGAGUUCUCUCUGCGGGAAGAGGAGCUGCUCUGCCGGGUGGACCACGGGCUGCUGAUGGAGCGCGCUUCAGCCGGGAGCCCCAUCAGUCCCGGAAACAUUCACUCCAACAGACCCCUGCACAUCCCAGAACCUGUACCAGUUCGACAGCCAGCUCACCGGAACCACGUUCAUAAGCAGUCUGAGAAGACCACGCGUAUUCGGACAGUAUUAAACGAAAAGCAGCUCCACACUCUCCGGACGUGUUAUAACGCAAACCCGCGACCGGACGCGCUAAUGAAAGAACAGCUCGUGGAAAUGACCGGCCUGAGCCCACGCGUCAUACGAGUGUGGUUUCAAAACAAACGCUGCAAAGACAAGAAGAGGUCCAUUCUUAUGAAACAACUACAGCAACAGCAACACAGCGACAAAACGAAUCUUCAGGGUCUCACGGGAACGCCUCUGGUGGCAGGCAGCCCGAUUAGACAUGACACCACAGUCCAGGGAAAUCCUGUAGAAGUUCAAACCUAUCAGCCUCCGUGGAAAGCCUUAAGCGACUUUGCUUUACAGAGUGACCUGGACCAGCCUGCUUUCCAACAGCUGGUGUCAUUUUCCGAGUCGGGUUCGCUGGGUAACUCGUCUGGUAGUGAUGUGACCUCUCUGUCAUCGCAGUUACCCGACACCCCCAACAGCAUGGUGCCCAGUCCCGUGGAGACGUGAGAGCCCACCGGAGGACUCCUGCUCCAGCAUGCCUUCACCCGCCCUGCAUGAAAACCCAUCACCUCACCGCCUCAAACGGAAAAAGGGAUUAACCGAGAUGGAUUUAAACAGUUUGUCAAACGGAG